GGUUGUUGUUUUAAUCGGCGUUGGAGUGCAGUGGAUGCAGUGAAGAGAGCCUCGAGGACUCUGUGACUUACCUUAUUGAAUUGAAUUGAGUUGAGUUGAAUCCCUGGUUCAUGCAACGAACAAAACAAUAAAUCUUACAAUUCUUUAUCUGCUGCCAAUGCAAACCAAAACGAUGUCGCCUCCUCGCUUCCCUGUGUUGCUGUUACUGCUGUUUCUCAUUGCCGCCGCCGCCGCCGCCGCCGCCGAUAACGAUGCCAAACGCGACGACCAGAGGGCUCCCAAGUCCCAAUCCUGCAAUAACCCCUUCCAAUUGGUGAAGGUGGAGAACUGGAUUGAUGGCGUGGAAGGGAGUAUUUAUAAUGGCGUCACUGCCAGAUUUGGCUCUCUUUUGCCUGAGAAACCUGAAAACAGUGUCAGAACUCCUGCAAUUUUCUCUAAUCCUGUAGACUGCUGUUCCAAUUCAACUUCUAAGUUGUCUGGAUCAGUUGCUCUCUGUAUGCGUGGGGGUUGUGACUUUACAGUCAAAGCUGAAUUUGCACAGUCUGGAGGUGCUACUGGCAUGUUGGUAAUAAAUGAUGCAGAAGAUCUCUUUGAGAUGGUUUGCUCCAAUAGCAGUGAGGCAAAUAUUUCAAUUCCAGUUGUAAUGAUAACAAAGUCAGCAGGAGAAGGUCUCAACAAUUCUUUAAUAUCUGGAAGGAAAGUUGAAAUUUUGUUAUAUGCUCCACCUCGCCCACUUGUUGACUUCUCAGUUGCAUUUUUGUGGUUGAUGUCUGUCGGAACAAUUGUAUGCGCUUCUCUAUGGUCGGAUUUUACUUCUCCAGAGAAGUCUGAUGAGCGCUAUAAUGAAUUAUGUCCCAAGGAAUCUUCCAUUGCUGAAACAGCCAGAGAUGAUUUUGACAAGGAAAUUGUUCAUAUUGAUUCAAAGGGUGCCAUCAUAUUUGUCAUAGCAGCAUCUGCCUUUCUUGUACUAUUGUUCUUCUUCAUGUCAUCUUGGUUUGUCUGGGUGCUUAUUGUACUUUUCUGCAUAGGUGGUGUUGAGGGUAUGCACAAUUGUAUUGUAAGCCUGACUGUAAGAAAAGGCCAAAGUUGUGGUCAGAAGACAGUAACCGUACCUCUAUUUGGGGAGACUUCUAUUUUCUCACUGGUAGUAUUGUUAUUCUGUGUGGCAUUUGCAAUAUUCUGGGCUGCUACGCGACAGGAGUCAUAUUCAUGGAUUGGCCAAGAUAUUCUUGGCAUCUGUUUGAUGAUAACAGUCUUGCAGUUGGCUCGAUUACCUAAUAUUAAGGUUGCCACGGUACUCCUUUGUUGUGCCUUUGUCUAUGACAUUUUUUGGGUAUUCAUAUCUCCAGUGAUAUUCCACGAGAGUGUUAUGAUUGCAGUUGCUCGAGGUGAUAAGGCAGGUGGUGAGGCAAUUCCAAUGCUUUUAAGAUUUCCUCGUCUUUUUGAUCCCUGGGGAGGGUAUGACAUGAUUGGGUUUGGGGAUAUUCUCUUUCCUGGGUUGCUUAUUUCCUUUGCUCAUAGAUUUGACAAAGAUAAUGGGAGGGGAGCAUCAAAUGGAUAUUUUCUUUGGCUGGUAAUUGGCUAUGGCAUUGGCCUCGUUUUCACGUAUUUGGGACUAUAUCUUAUGAACGGAAAUGGACAACCUGCUCUUCUCUACCUUGUUCCUUGUACACUAGGUGUCACUGUCAUAUUGGGAUGUAUAAGAGGUGAGUUGAAGAGCCUUUGGAAUUAUGGCACUGACCCAUCAUUGUCAACAGAGCAUUCUGAAGUUUAAAUGAUUUCAUAAUUAAUUAAUCUUUUGAGGAUUGAAGAAAUUGACCUGCAACUCGGGAAAUGUUCUCAGCAUCUCAAUGAUAUGGAAUGAAUGCAGAGGUCAGGAAAAACAGCAGGUGUACAGUACAGGCUCGUAAACUAUCUUCUGUAUUAAUGAUUGAAUGCUUUUAUGAUUAUGACUGCUUCAUAGUUCACUUGUAAAAGGAAUGAUAAACAGAUGGAAAAGUAGGUAUAACAAAUUUACCAUCAUAUCGCCUCUGAAGAUGCCAUUGAACUUUCACCUUUUCAACUGCCACAGUGAAUUCAAGAAGAAUUUUUUAUACUUUUUAAGUCC